CUUACCUUACGUAUUGGCCAGCUAGACGUGAGUAGCUUAUUCAUCGCGAUUGUUCGUCAUGCUGAACCUACGUAGGAGUAUAUCUCACAAUAACUUGGAUGAGACAGAGAGGGCAAAGAAGGCCGUACAACUGAAUUAUGUUCGCGAUGGGAAUCCCCCAAGCUUCAAGAACGACUGCUCCUGGACGUCCAUCAUUGUACCGGACAUACACGUACACACACGAGCCGAGAAGAAAUUCAUAUCGGAUGCAUUGUUUGAUGCGUACGUUCUGAGUGAACUCGAGAAAUGUGGGGCCCUCAACUGGUGCGCAGGCGUGGCGGCUAUGAUGCCAGUACAGACAUCUGGGGAUGGCAACUGUUUGAUGCAUGCGGCAUCAUUGUUUAUGUGGGGGUAUCACGAUAGGAGACUGGAGUUGAGAAGGGCCGUCUACGAUGCUCUGGUGAAGGGAGCACGAGGGCAUAUUCGAGAACGAUGGAAGAAGUUUCGUGAAUAUCAGAAUAAGAAUUGCUCGAAUUCGAUGGAGGUGUCGUUCGAGGAGACGACGUGGACCGAGGAGUGGUCACAGGUGGUCGACGUGGCUUGUCCUCGUUCGUUUGAUCAACGAUUCGAUAGUCUCGAGGAAAUACACAUUUUUGUGUUAGCGAACGUUCUUUGUCGGCCGAUCAUCGUCAUAUCUCAGCACACACUCUAUAGUGUCACAGGAGAGCCAUUCCAACCGGUCACAAUGGGGGGAAUCUACUUGCCAUUGCUUUGUGAUUCGUUGCAAUGUUGCAAGACGCCGAUUGUGAUCGGGUUUGCUAACGGUCACUUUUCUCCUCUUGUUUUUGUGCCUGAAGCAGCACAGGAGUUACCACAAGUUGUUCCUUUGGUUCGAUCUGCUUUUACGUCUCUUCCUGUUCACUUUAAGUUUCAGAAUGAGAGUUCCGAGAGUCUGCUUUCUGAGUAUUUGGAGGUGACCGAGUUUGAUGUUCCGUUGCCUAGUGGUGGGUUGAAAACAAUUAAUGUGGCUGCUUUCUUUCCUCAUGCUCCACCACAUCAAGACAUUGUGAAUGACUAUAUUGACCAUCUUGUUACGCAUCAUCAACUUCUGCAGACUCAACAAGCUGCGGUAUUGUCACCACAGAGGCUGCAAGUUUUGCCUUCGGCUCCUGCUCAUGAUGAGCUACAACAGCACGGAGGUCCACAGAGUCUUAUUCACGAUCAGUUCCCUAAUAUUCAUCGUUAUCAUUGUCAGACUCCUGGCUGCCCCAAUUAUGGAAGUAAAGAUCAUAAUUACCUUUGUUCCGAAUGCUUUCAUCAGCCAAGAAUACUACUUCAAGGUGGUCAACGUUCUCAAAACCACUUGCCGUCCACAGUACCCAACGUUGGCAGUGAAUUGCAACAGUUAAAUCAAGCAAUCAGAUGUACCACAGUGAACUGCAACCGACCGCCUGAUCCGCGUUUUUAUCCUCACAAAUGCAUUGAGUGCCAUGAGCGUGCAGUGUUCGAACAAAGUAGAAAAGAAGCAAACAUGCACCAUGAAAAUGAGCGUAUUUCUCAGUCUCAUACAACUAGAGUUGUAUAUCCUGUUGAAGGUAAACCAUCACCCAACAUUCAGCAACUUCAAAAUGCUCAAGGUCGGCGUUGUAUUACUCCCGGCUGUCAGUGGUUUGCGGAUCCUGAGCAAAGUGAUCGUUGCUCGUCUUGCUUCGAAAGGUUUCUUUUGGAAGACACAAGACGGAUGGAUCAGCAGAGAGAAAGACUGACUCCGAUGUUUACUGGCAAUGAAUCAGCCAACCAUAGCAGUGAGAUAAAUGUUGAAUUUCUGUUGGGCUCAUCGGAUGAGCCUCAAAACCAGUCACUACCAAAACAGGGCCCAAUACAUUCUCCUUUCACGAGGGAAGUCCCAGAAGUACGAUUUCAGUGUCGUACUGAAGGCUGCACGAAGAUGGGGAGUAACUACGACUACGGUUAUUGUCAGGAUUGUUUUGCGAAGUCAGUCGACAAUUAUCACACAACGAAGGAAGUUAGAAGAUAUUCAAAGAGUCCUUCGAUCAGAAGAAACUCGUCUGCUCAAUCGUUAACCGCCGCUCGAGUUGAGAUUCCUCCUCGUUCCAUGUCUGGUCCUGUAGAUAUCAGGACAGCAAAUGGCAGUCCUGUCCCUUCGGACAACAAAUGCCGCACUUGUAAUUGCGAAUUCUACGGAAAUCCGGCGUUACACGGUUUUUGUAGUUCUUGUGCUAGAAAGUUUGGAGAUGUGAGCAAAUCACCGAUACCAAGGCCAGUUGAAAUGGAACCCGAGAUCCCAAAAAGAGUCCAACCAAACGAUCAGCCUCCUUCAGUGCCACCUCGACCACAACCGUCAAGGCGAGACAUCUUCAACUACAUUCCGUGUAAAACACACGGCUGUGCACGACUCCUUCUGAAGGAUACACCACACGGUCUGUGUGAUCGCUGUGCACAACAGGAUCAGCAUACUUGCAACUCGAGCACACCAUCUUCCAAUACGAAGGUUCAAUCUCAAGCCGGUCAGUCGACCGAUCAGUUGAAAUGUCCCGUUCAAGGUUGUCACUUUUACGGAAGUCAGCAGUGUGCUGGUUAUUGUUCUAUACACUAUUUUUCGCACGGACCGGGUGCUCGUUAGUGAAACAACGGGCAGUGAGCAUCAUUGAAGUUAUCACAGUAACUUCAAAGACUAAUCAGUUCAAGUUGAUAUCAACUAUGUAUUAUACAGUAAACUUUACUAAUUCUAAGAUUGCCUGAGAUGGUUGACAUUUGGAUUACUUCAUGUUUAGUUAUAAAAUCAAGCAAUGUAUGUAGUGUUGUAGGUUGACCUAGAGUUAGUGUCUGACAUUUUGUAUUUGCUUUCAGUCGUUAUUUGUGUCUUUGUUACAAAUGAAGCUACUCAAUCAGAAA